CAAGAAGAGCUUGAAUAUUUAGACUUGCAGAUAGAUCACAACCAAACCAGUAAAGACAUGGAAGAUGAUAGAGAAAGACCUAGAUGCCUUCUGUCUCAUCCAGCUCACCCUCCUCAUAAACUGUCCGUUAAAGUCAACCCAAUAAUUCGGUCCGGCUGCUUUACUUGCGGCGGGAAAAGAACUGAGUGGAGAGAAGAUUAUAUCCAAUAUUACUGCACCACCUGCGGUGUGGGGUUCCACAAUGGUUGUCAUAAGCGUCCGAGAAGGAUAACACAUCCUUAUCACCUCCAACACCUUCUCACUCUCUUCUAUCGAGACUCAGAAACGGGGAUCAUAUCCAACAUCAUCCCCGACGCCUCUUGUGACAUAUAUGGCAACCCAUUGGUUCAAGGGAAGUCUGAUUUUGUCGAUAUUAUUCCUCCCAAAUCCGACAUCAUAUUCGACAAAUGUUGUUGGUGUGGAAAAGAUUUCGAAGGUGACGACUGGUUCUAUCGUUGUUUGAUUUGUAGCUUUUGCUUGGAUCUCUCUUGUGCGGCAACUCUCCCACCUCUUACUAUUGCAAACCCAAAAAGCCAUCACCACUCACUCCUCUUAUUAACUCGGCCAUUGUCAGUUCCAUGUGAUGCUUGUGGGUUGGUCGAUGCAUCGAAACCAAGUUAUGCUUGUUUCCAAUGCAACUACAUGGUCCAUCAGAAUUGUAUGCACUUACCCCGAGUCAUAAAAAUCACGCGUCACCCACACCGUCUCUAUCACACUCCUUACCGUUCACCUGUGACAUCCUCAUGCCGGGUUUGCUACAAAGAGGUUAGUGUCAAGUAUGGCCAAUAUUCUUGCCAUCACGAAGAUUGUUCUUAUGUAGUCCAUUCUAAGUGUGCAACACAUAGGAAUGUUUGGGACGGGACGGAACUCGAGUGGGAAUCAGAAGAGUCGGACAAAACUGAAGAAGAUAUUGCACCUUUCAAGGAUCUAGGUGAUGGUUUCAUCGAGCAUUUUGGUCACAGACAUCGUUUGAAGCUCAAGAAGGAUCAUGGUGUUCUAAACACAAAAAAGCAAUGUCGGGCGUGCAUAUAUCCUAUACUCUCUCAUGAUCAGUUCUAUCAUUGCAGGAAAUGCAAUUACUCUCUCCACGAGGUAUGUGCUGGUCUUUCUCGAAAACUGGAUCAUGCAUUGCACAAUCACACUCUUGUCCUAGAUCCAACUCCCUGGAGAUUCAAGCUUUGUAUAGCUUGUCUCCGUGAAUCCACUGGUUACACGUACGUAUGCUCGAAAACGGGUUGUGAAAAUUUUAUGCUAGAUGUUCGAUGCAUUUCCGUUCCAGAAUGUUUCAUCCAUAAAAGUCAUGAGCAUUCAGUUUUCAUCUCCACAUCCUACAACAUCAAGGAUGAGAUCCUAUGUAAAUGUUGCAAGAAAAGAUGUUUUGGGCCUCACCUACAAUGUACGGUAUGCGAAUUUGUUUUGUGUUACCCAUGUGGUACCAUUCCAGUUGAAAUAAACUACAAAUUCGACAAGCAUCCUCUCACCCUCUCCUGUGGAGAAAGCACGGACGACAUUUAUUGGUGCGAGGUGUGUGAGACACAAUUAGAUCCAAGAGAAUGGUUCUACACUUGUAACAAAUGCUGCAUCACUAUCCACCUUGAAUGCUUAUUUGGAUCCUCUUUCUUUAUGAAACCUGGUUCCGUAUAUGAAAGGGGAUAUGGAAUAGUGAAAGUCUUCCGCAACAAUAGUAACACUCGACCGUUCUGUUAUGAAUGUAAGCGCCGUUGCACUAGCUCCACCUACUUCGGAGGUCACAUGGAAGAGUGGACACGUACACUUGUUUUUUGCUCUUUCGAAUGUCAACACUCAAUAAUGGGGAGAGCAGACUUUUUACUGCUGAAUUAAUUUUCAGAAUGGG